UUCAUCUUUUCUUUAGAAAUAUAUUUUAAUCUAUUUAAUUAUUUCUUAUAUAUUAUAAAAUAUUUAUUGUUAAAAUAUAAGUUAUGAACAUACCUCCCAUCCAUAAUGCAAGUCCUGCAAUUGCAAAGACCGCGAUUAAUACUAGCAUAGCGGAGAUAAUUAACAUUGCGCUGCCGACUUUCCACGUUGUAUUCCCCCUUUGUUUUUUCAUUUGUUGUGGCGAAAUCCUGGACCAUGUCGUUGAUCGUUGUGGUAAAUAAUAAUCGUUCUAUAAAUGAUAGAAAAAAAAAAAAAGAUUAACGAAAGCUAUUUAUUCAUCAAUAAAGAAAAUUUUAUUGAAACAGAGUUUUAUUCUACGAUUGUAAAUUCGAUUUAUCUUCGAUUCCAAAAAUUUUCAUAGGAUAAUUAUUAUUAUUCUACGAGCUUUGAUUGAUAAAAAAUAAAUUUGAUAUUUUUAUUCCUUAUUGUUUUCCAAAUUUUUGGACGAUGAAUUAUAUUUUUCAAUUUAUAUGUAUUACAUGAAUUUAUUCUAGUCUUGCAACAAUCUUUGCAGCAAUGUUCGUGACGUAAACUGUAAUGUUUCGCUAUAAGUUUAAUUUAUAUUUAAUUAAGUGAAAAUGUUAUGAUGAAAAUGCAAUCUUCAUUACUUAUGUAUAUUCUUUUGAAUCGAGCAUAUAUUUAUUGUUCGAUAAUCAUCUUUAUUCAACGAUUCAAAUAAUCGGAAUGCGUAAUAAAUUUAAUCAGGUGUACAAUAAUACCAGUAACGGUACUGACAUCGAGGAGGAAUGCUAAAAAAAAAAAAAAAAAAAAGAAGGAAAAGGAAGAAAGUUCCAAAGUUGAGCACAGCAGUGCUGUAAUAUAGAAGAAAUAUAACCUUUUGGUGCAUGACUAUCUUUGUGACUAUAAAAAAUGAUGAUGAAUUAUUUCGGAAUGAUCUUUAUUACCAUUAUUCUUAUAAUGUCGUGCAUCUUAUACAAAACGAGCAGAACUUUUCGUUAUUAUUUCAAAUAUGUCAUCUUUAGUCUACAUAUAGGAACAUCUACAGCUUUUUUAAUUCCAAUUUUUAUAUUUCGACCAAGAAAUGUGAAAAACUUACGAUUACUAGCAAUGGUAGUAGCUCCUAUUACUAAAAUCAUCGGAGUAAGUUGGGAAUUAAGAGGAAGAGAAAUAUUGGAACAAGACAGAACAUACAUAAUAGUAUCAAAUCAUCAAAGUCUUUUAGAUUUCUUGGGAAUGUAUCAAAUAUGGCCAAUAAUGAAUAAAUGCACAGCUAUAGCGAAACGAGAGAUUUUCUAUUUGUGGCCAUGUGGUUUAGCUGCUUGGCUUGGUAGAUUAAUAUUCAUAGAUAGGAUGAACUCAGAUUCGGCUCGAAUUGUUCUUAAUAACGCCACGGAUUAUAUUAAAGAACACAAUAUUAAAUUGUGGAUAUAUCCAGAAGGAACCAGACGCAGUACUGGUACGAUACAUUCGUUUAAGAAAGGUGCUUUUCACGUUGCUAUACGUAAUCAAUUACCAAUAGUACCAGUUGUCUUCUCUUCCUAUUAUUUCUUAUCCAAGAGGGAAAAGAAGUUUGAGUCUGGUCGAGUUAUUAUAAAAGCAUUGCCAGAAAUAUCAACGAAAGGGUUAACGAUUGACAAUGUUGAUAGUUUGUUAGAAAAAACACGAAACAUUAUGAUCGAUGCUUUUAAUGAAAUUAAUAGAGAGAUACAAUCUUCAAGUAAUACUAGUAGUUCUUAAAUAAAAACGACAAAAAUAUCAUGUUAAUAUAAGUUGAAAUAAGUUAGAUAUUGUUAUAUUUUAUUGUGUAAUUGUAAUUAUAACGGAUAAUGAAUGUCAGUAUUGUAAAAAUGCUGCGAUGCAUAAUGAUUAUUUUAUUCAAUGUUUUAAAUUUAAUGAUAAAAUAAUCAAAUAAAAAAGAUCAACAAUCAAAUGAGAACUUGAUCUCUUUAGGAAGAUAUCUAUAUUAUACUUGAAUCAUGUGAAUAGAUCUUCUUCCUUGAAGUUAUAAGAAUCAAAAGUUUGCCAAUUAUUUUCUUCUUUUUACCGAUUUUAAUACUUAUAACAUAUUUUAACAUCUUGCAUUUUUAGAGUUUAUAUAUUUUAAUGAUGAGAAAAUGUGACAGAAAGUGAAGAUAUUGUACUGUAAACGCUUAUAUUAAAUAUUUCUCUUAAAAACGAAAUAUUUCCUUGAUCUGGGUAAGUAUUUAUUUUAAAAAAAAAAUGGCUAAGUAGAUAUUGAAAAAGAAUAAUGAAAAAGAAAUUAUGAUUAUGUAAGAAAUAGUAAAAAUUAUGUAAGAAAUAAUAAAAUUGGACAAUGAUCUGUUUAAUACAAUAGAUUCUUAAAAAAGAUUCUUAAAACCUUUUAUAAAGGUUGCAUAUGAUAAAUUAGUUUGUUUAUGAUAAAAUGUAAGAAAGAUAAUGA